AUAACAAUAAUUCUGGCUAUUCUGACUUCUCUGAAGAUAAUAACAAUAAUUCUGACUACUCUGACCUCUCCGAAGAUGAUAAUAACAAUAAUUCUGACUACUCUGACCUCUCUGAAGAUGACAAUAAUUCUGACUACUCUAACCUCUUCGAAGAUGACAAUAAUUCUGAUGUAGAAAUGGAUAUCUCUGAAGAAACUAAUUUUAAAAAUAUAACAUCUUUGAUGAUGUUUACUUGGAUUACAAAACAUAUGAUAGGAAAUCGUGCUUAUAAAGAUCUUGUGAAUAUAAUUAAUAAUGAAAACUUUAAUCCUAUAGACGUUCCAAAAAACAUACAAACAUUAAAAGAACAACGAAAACACCUCCCCCUUCAUAAAAUCAGAAAAAACAUUGUGAAUAUUAAUAAAGAAAAAACAUCAUCCAAUUCUCAACCUACAAAAAUGGCAUAUUCUAUUUCAAUUAUUGACCAUAUUCGUACAAUCCUUAAUAACUCACAAAUAGCUUCACGAUUAUAUUUUGGUCCUGGAAUAGAAACUGAUAAAAAAAGCGAAUUCUGGCAUGGCACAAUCUGGCAAGAAUCUCCUUUAUUUGGAGAAACCUCUAUUACUGUUAAUAAAA